AUGAAGUACUAUGCACGUGUUUUUGUGACUAUUUAUCUAAUCCUUCUAACUGUGAUAUUACUAUGGUGGAAACAGAGCAAUGUGACAGUACAACUUGAAACAUAUGAGCAGCCCAUAAAAUUGUACAGACGGUACAAAGCAGACGACAAAAGAGUCUUGAAACGUGACGUCAUGUUGCUUCAAGAAGUUGCUAUGGAAAAACAGGAUUUCUUAAGGAACCGCCAUCCGUACAUUUCAUUCCUUAUUGAUGACCGUGUAAGACAGUGCGGUGGGCAUUUUACCGGAUAUAAAAAUCUGUUUGCAAAACUUGUUAAUGUCUUAGUCGAUCCUAGGUUUGCACGCGGGAAACAUGGCGGCGAGAAUAUGUCGAAGGUCAUGAAUCAGGCCGAGGAAGAGGAAUUUUACACGCUAGAGAAAGGUUUUUUUAAUCUUCCCUGUACUCAACAAGUUAAAUAUGAGUUUGGAGUUGACAGUCAUUUAAAUAAAUGGAUUGAAACUAUUGAAUUAAGUACUGAUUUCCCAAACCAUUAUGAGGCCCCUCAGUGGACCAUCGCAGUGCAAAGGUAUGAAUAUGUUAAUAUGUACCAUACUAUGACAGACUGGUACAAUACAUUUCUUGUUACAAAGGUAUUUAAACUAGACCCUAAAAAUGUAACCAUUCUAUGGAUAGAUGGCCAUCCUGCAGGAGGGCUUGACGCCACAUGGAGUACACUUUUUGGGGACAUAAGACGAAUAGGAGAAAUCCGAACACCAGUGUUGUUUCCUAAUAUGAUUUGGGGCAUUGUGGGAUAUGAUAGUCCGCUUGAUGAACAUUAUCUACCGGAAGUAGCAUAUCUUGAAGAGUUUAGAAAUUUCUUCCUGUCAAAACAUAACAUUGUACCCGAGGACUUUCCGAAUUGUAAUCAAUUAAAUAUUUUGAUAAUCUGGAGAAGGGACUAUGUCGCGCAUCCAAGAAACCCAACCGGAUCGGUUGUAAGAAAAAUACAAAAUGAGGACAAACUUUUAAAGAAAAUCAAAUCGUAUUUCAACGGCCAUAAUGUUAAAGGAUUACAAAUCGAUAAACUUUCUAUGCAAGAUCAACUUGCAAUUAUAUCAAAAACAGACAUUUUAAUAGGAAUGCAUGGCGCUGGACUGAGUCACACUUUAUUUCUACCUCGUCACUCAGGGUUAAUAGAACUCUUUCCUUUAUAUCAUCCUGCAGAAAAUAUACAUUUUAAGUCAAUGGCGGAAUGGAGACACAUGCACUAUAUGUCGUGGAGUAAUUUUAAUGCAGAGAAUGAACUUGACAAUUAUUUGACAGUUGUAAACGUUGAUGAAAUUGCCUUACUUGCCAUUGGAAUGAAAAACAAAAUUUGCAAUGCUAACGAAAGUUUUAGGUGA